AUGGUGCCUGACAUCCGAUGCAGCUGGUGCGGCCGCGGCUACUCGUAUUGCUCAUCCCCGGCAUGUCAGCUUGAGCAUAGCGACAGCUGUGACGGCAAUAUUCGUCCACGAGGACAAGGCACAGAAACCAUUCCUAGGCCUAAAGUUGGCCUGGUGCCGUAUGGCGAGGGCAUCUAUCGCUGCGAAGUAUACGGAGGCAUUGCGCUAUCAUUUGACGACGGACCGUACACUCACACCGAGCAUAUACUUGACCUUCUCGCGUUAUAUCAAGCCAAGGCCACCUUCUUUGUAACGGGCCGUAAUUUCGGCAAAGGCGCCAUCAAUGAUCCAAACACGCCUUGGCCUGCCCUCAUCAAGCGCAUGGUGGCCGACGGCCACCAGGUUGCCAGUCACACAUGGUCUCAUCAACGACUUACGGACCUUGGCUGGAGAGCAUUCCAUCAGCAGAUUAUUUACAAUGAAAUCGCCCUCGCCAACAUACUCGGCUUCUUUCCGACAUACCUGCGUCCGCCAUACUCGGCAAGCAACGAGCGGACGGAUCGCUGGCUUGGUGAGCUCGGCUACCACGUCACCUAUUUCAACCUCGACACCAAAGGGUACCUGCACGACAGCCCUGGGCUGAUCCAGGAGUCCAAAAAUAUCUGGGAUGAAAAUGUCGAUGGGCGCAAUCCAACAGAAACAACGUGGCUAGGAGUGGAGCACGAUCCGAUAUACCAGACGGCGCAUAAUCUUACAAAACACAUGCUCGAGUCGCUCUACAAAAACGGCUUCCGGGCCGUAACCGUGGGGGAGUGUCUUGGUGACCCGAAAGAAUACUGGUAUCGUAAUCUGUUCGAUUCGUAG